AUGGAUUCGGAGGCGAAGAAGAAUGAGGCCGCUGGGCUGAGGACUGUUGCCUUUGUGGGCGUGGCCCUCACUACCGUGGCGGCUAUGAGUUGUGUGGUGGCGGUGCCCAUGAUUUACAACUACAUGCAACAUUUGCAUACGAUGAUGAUUGAAGAAGUUGAUUUUUGUAGACUCAGGAGUACGAAUAUCUGGAGAGAGGUGGCCAGAACGCAAGUGAGUGACCUAGAAAAUUUAUUUUAAAAUUUAAAUUUGCUUAUCUUUGCAAAUUUGUACCUCAAUUUCUCCCUCGAGAAUAUAAAUUUUUGUAAUCUUAGGUGGUUGCCCGAGUGACUCCCCUGACCCCACGCAGCGGCCGUCUGCCUCGUCAGGAUGCCUACGGCAAUCCCGAGACCAACUCAGACUACGCUCCAUCUGCUUCUCCAUCUCCUCGACCGUCGCCAUCAAGAAAAGACCUUUGGCCCGACAGUCAUCCAGCUCCAUCGCGAGGUGGUUGCUGUGGUUGUGGAGUCUCGCCUCGAGGUCCUCCCGGUCCCAAAGGCCCUGAGGGAGCACCCGGAGCUGAAGGACAUCCCGGUCCAAACGGUUUGCCCGGAGAAGACACUCCCAAUCCAGUCCAGCAACCCUUUGAGUUCUGUUUCGAAUGCCCUGAGGCGCCGGAAGGUCCGGUCGGAAAGCCUGGCCCUAAGGGUCCACUGGGAGCGGAAGGGCCGAACGGCGAGCCUGGACCGGUCGCUGAACUGGGAGAGCCUGGACCACCCGGGCCACCAGGAAAACCCGGAAGAGAGGGAGAUCUGGGAAGGCCGGGAAAACAAGGAAAGCCGGGAAUUGUGCAUGCUGGACCUUCCAGGGUCGGACCACCAGGUCCUCCGGGUCCACCAGGACGUGCGGGACAACGAGGAGAGAAAGGGGAGCCCGGAGAGCCGGGAGAACUUGGAAAAGAAGGUAAAUUUUUGUAGAAAAUUAUCAUCAUUUGCAAAAAUGUUGCUCAAUCAUCGCUUUUUAUCAAAAAUUUAGAAUUUUGAAGUAAUAAUUCCAAAUAUUUUUAGGCGAGGAAGGUAGAGAAGGUCGACAAGGUCAAGGAGGGAAUCCCGGAGCUCCCGGCGAGACGGGAGAGCCCGGUCCGAAAGGCCCUGAGGGCAGCUGCGAUCAUUGCGCCAUUCCCCGAACCCAGCCCGGUUAUUAG